GCCAUUUAUACAUUUUAUGCGCUCUGGCAGCACUCGAGCUCGAACAACACCAACUGAGAGAUAGUUCUGGAAUUUCGUAGAUUUAAUUAAUAAUAAAAACAGAUUAAGCAACGCAAAGCAGGCAUUAUGUCGGACUGGGACUCUGUGACUGUUCUGCGGAAAAAGGCACCGAAAUCGUCAACCCUGAAGACGGAAUCGGCUGUAAACCAGGCACGCCGUCAAGGAGUCGCCGUUGAUACCCAACAGAAAUAUGGUGCUGGCACCAACAAGCAGCAUGUGACCACCAAGAACACUGCCAAACUAGACCGCGAAACCGAGGAGCUGCGCCACGACAAGAUUCCACUCGAUGUGGGCAAGCUCAUCCAGCAGGGACGCCAGGCUAAGGGCCUCAGCCAGAAGGACCUUGCAACCAAAAUCUGCGAGAAGCAGCAAGUGGUGACUGACUACGAGGCCGGACGCGGCAUCCCAAACAACUUGAUCCUGGGCAAGAUGGAGCGCGUGCUUGGCAUGAAGCUGCGCGGCAAGGAGCGCGGCCAACCAAUAGCGCCUCCCGGUAAGAAGUGAGACGAUGCUGCCGCGUCUGCUGCCAGUGGUGCUCCGCACAUAAACACCUCAGCACGCGGCGCCAGACAACAGAGCCAUCAACAACCGGAUUCUGGAGGCUGGAGCACAGUAAGCGGCAGACGCAAAUGAAGCAUUAUCGGGAGGCUGGCGAACCAAAUCAAUUCGGGUCAAACAGCAGCAGCUGCGGUCGCAGCAAAUCAGAAGCAAAAAAAAACCCAA